GGUCCGCACGCGCCAACAUGCCGUGAACAGAGCGUUAAGAUGCGGACGAUAGUGCUGGUGUACAUCGCGUUGCAGUGUAUGUGCGAGUGCGAUGUGAGGAAACAUGGGCACGCUCUGAUAAGACACGGGCGGUCCCGCGUGCAUUUCACGCGCCUACACUCGCGACCAAAGGACCUCAUCGCUAACUCAGACAGAAAUGAUUUCGAUAACAUUGAAAUCUCCGAGCCAAUCGCAUCAGCGCUAAGACCUCACGAAAUCCCAGAAAUAGACCGGGCUUCCAAAACAAACUUCGACUCAUUUCAAAAAUAUUUCGGAAACUUUUCAUCGGCGCACGAACAAAAACCCGAAAGGACAACUGAAGUGUCUUUAGCCGAUCAUUUCAUGAAUGUAGAGCAUAGUUACGAUAAUAACGAAACCCAGAGAAUAACAAUGGAUGAAAAUUUAGAAGUUCUUGAUAAAGAAAAUAGCACAGAUAAGUUUGAGAAUGCUACAAUUGUUAGGAACGUUCACGAAGAUGUUGUAACGAAAUUCCUUCGGCUUAUAGAAUCACAGCACUUACUAGGUGAGAAUUGUACAGCUGGUACACAUUUGAAUCUGGGAGAAGGAGUGGUAGAUAGAUAUGCUCAAGAAAGAUUUAGAGUAGAAGCAGAUGUUGCUGUCAAUAGAGCUAAUAUGUUAACUAGACUAUGGAAAUAUGCUGGAUCAUCGGUUAUGUACAAUGAAUAUCUCCUCCACGCUAGUGUCUUUUCGAUGGUGGAGUUUGACGACGAUAUUUUUGCAGCUGGCAAUUGUUACGACCAAUACCAGUAUAAGGAUUACCAAUUAUUUUGCCCGUUUGCGUAUCGUCUACCAGAGGGACCAAUAUUGGCCAAAGAUUUAGCUGUCGAAUACAAAUAUUUGAGUAAUACGUCAGAAUGGUUUUACAUAGCUAGGAAGAACGCUGAACGUGUUAUAAGAAAUCAUAAUCAGUUUCGCCGAGGUUACAACACAUAUACUUUCAACGACACGGCUCAUACUGAUAGAGAGCCAGACGAGAUCCUCUCGGUGACGUAUGAAGACGGCAAAUGGUCGAAACCCUACUACGACUGCGGCGGUGGUAACAUCUGGAUGCUGACGUAUACUGUGCCUUUCUUUGGAUACAAUAAUGGAAGUUAUUUCUUCAAGGGAACAAGCGGUAUUGACAUCGACCUCCGGAGAGUAGAUAUAGACCAGUGCCCGAUCAGGCCUGGCUCCACACAGCUGAACAUCUUCGCUGGGACCGACAAAUGCAAGAAGAAAACUACGGAAUGCGUUCCGAUUCCCGGACUGGGGUUUCGUCGUGGUUCUUAUCGGUGCGUUUGCAAGCGCGGCUUCUAUUUUCCCAACACUACCGCCGGGAAUAGGUACUAUAACGGCAGCGACAUUGAAGAGGAAUACGAGAAACAUUUAUUGCACCAACGCAGUCUCUACUCGAAGACAGAAGCCUACGAAUGCUUACCUUGCGCUGAAGGCUGCGAAGCCUGCACCGAUGGCUCCCCGUGUGUGGCCGCUCUCAACUGGGUCGUUAGAACCACGAUCUUCGCGCUGGCCUGCUUGGUCAUCUCUUGUCUACCUUUCAUUGUCUAUUUUACUAUUAAAUAUGGCCAUGUCAGGGUGGUCCGGGCUGCUAGUCCUGCUCUCCUCAGGGUCAUAGUUUUGGGUGCUCUUCUCAUUUACUGCACAACACUCGUGAUGUACGGACGACCGACUGUCUUGACCUGCACUGCAAGGGUGUGGCUGCGCGAAGUAGGCUUCUGCUUAACGUAUGGAGCCCUAAUGCUAAAGACUUGGAGGAUCUCUGUAAUCUUCCAAAUCCGUUCAGCGAAGGCCGUGAAGAUAUCAGAUAUGUAUCUGCUGAGGAGGAUCGGUAUCAUAGUAGGAGUGGCGUGCGUUCUACUCGCCAUCCGGACCCUCGUGGCACCCCCCACUGUGAUUGUGGGACGAACUAAGGACGAUUUGAAGGCGUAUCUCUGUAACACGGAUUGGUGGGAUCAUUCCUUCACUACGCUCGAAGUAAUCUUUCUGAUGUGGGGCAUAAGGCUCUGUAUUAUGGUGAGGAAGGCACCUUCGGAAUUUAACGAGAGCAGAUUCAUAUCUAUGGCGAUAUACAACGAGUUUCUGCUAUCCGUUUUCCUCAAUAUUUCGAUGUUGUUCCUACAAUCGCCGGCCAACCCUGACCUAUUGUACAUAAUAUUCUUCUGUCACACACAACUGACAGUCACCCUACUCCUGUGUUUCAUAUUUGGAAGCAAGGCAUACAUGGUCUAUAAAGGCCACGGAAAGGAUGACAGGGAGAAGACUGGGAAGUUCCGUUCCAGGGCUGCAGAAUCCACGUACACAAUGACCACGAAUAGAACUGCCAGAUUUUGUGAUAACAUGACCGAGAGAGAGCUUGAGGAGGAGUUCCGAAAGAUAUGCAACCAACUCGACAAGUUGAGGGAAAGGUGCGGAGGCAGCGCUCAUAUCGCGAGGAAAAUCAUAGCCAUGCAAGAUUCUGUUGUGAUUCACGAACGGAAACCGGCCACGUCUGAAUCAGCUCCGCUUAAACUAAACACAGUGUUCAGUGCCGUAGCUGACAGGCUUAUGUGCACCGUCACCCCUGCCGAAGAAUCUAGCAGCAGCGGCAGGGACAUGCCAUUCGAAGCACCCCCAGCUUAUAAACAGAAAACUUUUAGCCCAAACAAAAGCGUCGAAACAAGCAACGCGGAGCAAAGUCAUACAGACGUCACGGUUACUGCAGAGUCUCCUAAGAAAAAGGCUGAUCUGAACGAGGCCAAAGAUGAGAAGCAGAAUGGAGUAUUUAAAAUUAGUGGAGAAGCAAAUUGUGGGGAUAUUAGACCUCCGGAAGUAGCUAGUAGGAACGGACUUAACGGUAAAAGUGAGAAGAGUGAUACAAAAUCGAAUCCCGGUAGUGUUGAGACUAUUCGAGGAGUGAGAUCAGGUCACGCCAGGACACAUGCUAUCGUCAUCAACUUGGAUGACAAGAGUCGAUUCACUGAAGAGGUCACUGUUUAAAGACUGUACUUACGUUCCAAUGACUAUGUGUGUUUAAUGUUUUAUAUGGGAAGCAUGUGAUUUAUUAUUUUGAUAGCUGCUAGGUGAAGAAAAUAAAGAAGGUUCUGUUGAUAGCUUUAAAUAUUUUUCUCAUUUUCUUGGUAUUACUGAUGUUAUUAAUGGCUGAUACAUUUUUAAUAGCAAUACGUUAAGUUAUUGGUAGAUUAGACUCUGAGAAAAACUGAUAAGAUUAAUGCCAAAGAGUUUGUUUUCAAGAAUGGAUGUGUGCCAUUGGUGUAUUUUUUUUUAUUUAAGGCUAAGGUUUAUGCUGUGAAGGUUUUUUAAAAUGACCACGUGAUGUUGUUGUAGUUUUAAGAUAAAUGAUGUAUAGUGAUGAUAUUAUGCUUUCUUUCGCAAGUUUAAGUAAGGUGGUCCAGUCAUCUAGGGCCUGCUUCAUUUUACAUGAUAAUAUUCCAACGUUAGCUCGAAGAUGUUUUACUGAGUGUCGGAAUUAUUCUAGGCAAAACUAUCUUCCCUCAAAAAAAUAUUUUUACAGCGAUUAUCAAUAAGACCCGACUAUUAACAGCCGGAUCGGUACCCAACGGUGAGACUUAAGAAGCAUAAGGUCUAGGGGGCCAGACUUAAACAAAAGUAUGUCCAUAAAUACACGUGGUCGGCAGCCUCACUGCUAUUUAUUGACACUGUUAACAGAAUAAAGUUGUUCUAUCCCAGCUGCAAUCGUAAAAAAUAGUUCAAACUCUGAUAUCAUCGCUAAACUUUAAAAUUCUAGUCUAUACUGUGAUUCUUAGGUAUUAUUUCGAGAGUAGUUUCAAACAAAGCAUAUCAUUGUGUUAAUAUAUUCUGUAGAAACUCUAACUUUAGAAAUUGUAUAAAAAUCUAUAUUAUAAUUACAACGUAUUUUUUGUGUGACAAACUCUUACAUUUAAUUCAUUUGCAUAUUGUGGAAAGAGAAGGGUAAAGUAAUAAUUCCAAAGAUGUGUAGACACGACGUUUCAAUUUUAUUUGUGGCUUUAAAUUGUUUAAUGUACCUAUUUAUUGUGUAGAAAUUAAAUAUUUAAAAAGUUGUAACUGUGUUCCCCGUCACACAGAUAAAGUAAGAUUAGAUUAUUAAUGACCACUAUGGCUAUCGUAAUCUAUAUUUAUAAUUUAAAAUCAAUAUAAAAAUCUUGUUGUGAUUCUAUUAACACGCAUUCUAUUUCGAAGUUGUACCAAUCAUAGUAGACGUAAUUAUCCUUCCUAAAAUGAUUAUAGUCGCAUAUUUCACAGGCAAUUCUCUGUUUUAUUCAGGCUAAUUAUCGAUUAUCGACAGUUUGACUUCGUAAUAAUGACUGUAAUUGCAUAUAAAAAUUUUAAUGUAAGCAUAAAAAUAAAUGUAAAUAAUAUGCGAAUGAAAGACAAUUUAGUGAAUCAAAUUCUU